CAAUAACGCACACUGGCUUGACAUCUUCGUUGUUCUAUACAACAAAUCUCCAACAACACAUUUCUGACUGAGAAACACCGGAAACUAUGACGGUCUACAACUCCGGUGAAUCCACAGGCGGUGGAGGAUAUCUGGCUGUGAAAAAGGUGUUUCCUGUGGAAGAUUACGUGGAGAAAGUCUCACAACGCCUUGUUGAAGCUACACAUGCCAACGAUUUCAAGGCUGCGUUGGAGUGCUUGGCAGAUCCUUUUGUUGAUGUGAACUUUGCUGGAACCGUAUGUUUGAAUUCGAAGAAGACAGAGAUCGUGUUACAUGAUGAGUCUCCGAGCGAGGUUCGAGUGGAGUUUGAAGAGUUCAAUACGGAUGUUACUGCUCUUUUCCUCGCUGCUCAUGCCGGAAACGUGAAGCUCGUCAGAAAGCUACUGAGUAUUGGGGCAAAUGUGAACAAGAAAUUAUUUCGUGGGUAUGCAACCACAGCAGCAACAAGAGGAUGCCAUGUUGAGAUAUUAGAGUUAUUAAUUGAAGGUGGAGCUUCUCAAGUUGCUUGUGAAGAGGCUUUACUUGAAGCAAGUCACCAUGGUUUAGCCAUGCCUGCAAAAGCUCUAAUGGCAUCAGACCUCAUUCGCCCUAAUGUUGCAGUCCAUGCCCAUGUCAAUGCAUCAUGUAGAGGAUAUAUUGAUUUUGUUGAUACACUUUUCAAGUGUGGAGUAGACAUGAAUGGAACUGCUCGAGUUUUGCUUCGAUCUUCCAAGCCAUUUUUACAUGCGGAUGUUAGUUGUAAUGCCCUUGUUGCGGCUAUUGUCAAUAGACACAUCUCAGUUGUUCAACUUCUUUUGAAGGCGGGUGCAAGAACAGACACCAAGGUGAGGCUAGGAGCCUGGACAUGGGACACGACAACCGGAGAAGAAUUCCGAGUAGGCGCCGGUUUAGCUGAACCGUAUGACAUUACAUGGUGCGCGGUCGAGUAUUUUGAAAAAACCGGUUCAAUAUUAAACACCCUCCUUCAACAUAUCUCCCCUAAUAUUCCUCAUUUUGGUCGAACGAUAAUCCAUCACGCUAUACUUUGCUCAAAUCUAAAAGCAAUCGAGCUUUUAUUAAACCGGGGUGCUGAUCCGGAGCUCCCGGUUCAAACCAUCAAAGGAACCGGUUUCCGACUAAUCCAUUUGGCCGCAAGCCUUGGUUACUCCGCCGUCCUCCAGCACCUGGUCAACGCCGGCUGUAAUCUCGACUCGAAAACUGACGCCGGAGAAACCGCACUCAUGAUAUGUGCAAGGAAUAAACACGUCGACUGUCUUAAGCUUCUCGCCGGCGCCGGAGCCGAUUUCGGUUUGGUCAAUUCGGGUAAUCAAUGUGUCCAGUCGAUUGCUGGGUCAGUUCGAUGGACAUUAGGGCUGAGACAAGCUAUUUUGGAGGUGGUUCGAACCGGAAAGGUCAUCCGGUCUAGCGAUUCUUCGAUAUUCUCGAGUUUAAUGUUUGUUACACGUGUCAACGAUAUUGAAGCGUUGAAAAAAAUCGUUGACCAAGGAGUUGACCUCGAUGAGCAAGAUGAAAACGGGUAUUCUGCGGUCAUGGUUGCUGUCAUAAACCGACACGUGGACGCCUUCCGGUUGCUCGUUUCCGCCGGAGCUAACGUAAAACUUCAAAAUAAAUACGGCGAAACCGCAGUUAGUUUAUCGGAAGCGAGUGUUGACUGUGGUGCUUUUGAGAAAGUUAUACUUGAAUGUGAAAAUGACAUUAACGCCCCUGAGAAAGGAUUUGCUUUUUCAUUUUACACCCUCCACCGAGCCGUUUCUAGAGGCGACUUCGACGCCGUUAAAACGUUAACAAACGGUGAAAACGACAUAAACAUUAACGCUCCUGACGGCGACGGGUACACGCCGCUUAUGUUAGCGGCACGUGAAGGACACGGGAGGAUCUGCGAGUUUUUGAUUUCGAAAGGGGCGAUUUGUGAGAUUGAAAACGCGAGACACGAGACGGCGCUCCGGUUAGCUUGUAAAGACGCCGAACAGGUUCUGUUGGACCACGUGGCACGGGGGCUGGUGUUGGGUGGUGGUCGAGUGAAGAAACAUUGUAAAGGGGGGAAAGGUUGUCCACAUAGCAAGCGGCUGAGCAUGGUGGAAGGCGCUGGGUUGUUGCGGUGGGGGAAAUCGAGUAGGCGGAAUGUGGUGUGUAAAUGGGCGGAGGUUGGUGGAAGCUCGUCGUUCCGGUGGAACCGGAGGAAGAAGGCGGAUGGGGAGGAGGAGGGAUUGUUUCGGGUGGUUACGACGAAGAAUAAGGAGGUGCAUUUUGUGUGUGAGGGUGGUGUUGAUAUGGCGGAGUUAUGGGUCAGGGGGAUUAAACUUGUGACGCGUGAAGCUAUUUUUGGGAACUGAAUUUGUGACCUUUUUAUACGUUGUAUAUUAUGGUUGGAGGCAGAAAAUCAAAAUUCAACUCCAUUUAAGAGAUGUUAUGUAUAAGCAUUUUUUUAAUAGAAACACAACAUAUUUUCCUUGGAUUAUUA